AUACUCUAGGAGUAGAAGUACAGCCAGAUGAUCAGACUUUCCAAAGUGUGGGCAUGGGAUGACACAGUAGGCAUUUUUGAUGGUGGUUGUAACUUUCUCCUUCGGGUGUACUAAUAACGCCGAAUUCAACGUCGAGAUAAACCACAGUCAAUGAAACCAGAUCGCAGUAAGAGUAACCAUUUACUGUUCACUCUUCACAUUAACAUAUGGUGAAAACUGUUGAUAAAACAAUACAAGAUUGAUACAGUAUUUGUUCCUUCCUUAAUAUAAUAUUUCAAUUGUAAAUACUUGCAAAGGUGACUAUAACUACAUUACACUAAGGUGCAGUAUACAGGGAGAGUUUACCUGCUCCAUUGACUACUUUAAAUACACUUCAAUGCAAACUAUCCGCAACUCUUUAACUAACGAAAGCAUAAACAUUAUCGACCGUCGUUACUUUUAACAGGAUCGGCAUUAACAUCUUAGUUCAAUAUAUCAAUUAUCUAUUAACUUAUGUACAAUGUCCUGGGUAUGUUACUCAAAAUGGCCUCUUUGGUUUGUUACAAGUAGGAAUGUUUCUUUGUCGGAUAAGUGUUUCUCUAGCCGUUGUUUCACUUUAGAAUGGCUGAUAUGGUAAUUGUAUUCAUUUGUUAAUCAAUGGGGAAUGUCAUUGUGUCUUGUGAUGCUGGGAACUUGGGGGAGGGGUUUUCGCGGGUUUUUUGGGGGAGGCCGAGGAAGACAUGGAAGAAGGUGGACGUGUGCUGGACUGCUCGUAAGACCACCGGGGUGGUCCCAGGUGCGACGGCCGGAUGGGUCGAUUGGUUCGUUGAUUGAGCUCCAACGAGUGCACUAAACAGACUGAACUUUGAUAAGUGGCGCCUUUUGUUUUUUUUCCUUGUGUAUAUAUAUUGUAUUGCUUACUACUCUUUUUAAUUUUAGUAAACUCUUUAAAGUGUAUUUCAUAACGGUAUUUGUUGUGGAUUUGAUACUGUUGGCGGGCUCGAGGCGUAAACUCGAUUCUCACAGCACCUGCGUGUACGGGAGGUGGGUUGGAGAGUGGCUGGAUCCCUUUUUUCCCCUAGACAUAUACCAGCCUGUGGGUAAGUGUUACAUUUGUGGGGUGCUCGUCCCGGAUUGGAUUGUCAGGGGCUGUGGAGUCGCGCAGGCAGCAGAGGAAGAUGGACAGAGAUAAGUUUGUUUGUUGGUGCCAGUUUGAAGAUGUACCGGUACAGUACGCAUGCGUAGUGAGCGGAGUGGAUGUUCGAGUUUCGGGAGACGCGAUAGUGAGGGGUUUAAGUUCGGUGAAGGGUAUUGGGCAGGUAGAAUUGGUAGCUAGACGGUGUGGUAAAGAGGUAGAGUCUAGCUGGGUGUUGGUUCGUACGAGUGCUGAAGUCAGGACGGUGGAACUGCCGGCGACGGUCAGUGUACCGGGGGAGGCGGGCCCGUGGGGGCUCCACUCCUACCAGGAUGAGGCUGAGGAGACAUCGGGGGAAGAGUUAGAGCUAGAGGUGGACCCCAGAGAGGUGCCCGGCACUAGUAAAGGGAGGUGGGAGGAGGGAGUCGUGACUAAGCCCCGCUCCCCAGGUAGGGUGGAAGUCUCGGAGCUGGCAGCUGCACUUAACUCCCUGGUGGGGGUGGCCGAGAGGCCACGGCUGAAGCUGGGGGUGUUCUCCGGAGCCAAGCCUACUCCGGAUGGGGAGGUGGACUAUGAGACCUGGAUCGAGCAUACGUCUUUGAUGUUAGAGGAGUGGCCAGGCUCAGAGGAGGAGAAGAGGCAGCGAUUGGUGGGAAGUUUGAGGGGUUUAGCAGCCACAACCAUCCGGGAGUUGAAAGCUGAGAAGCCUGGGGCCUCAGUGGAGGACUGCCUACAAGUUUUGGAGGGAGCGUUUGGGUUGUCAGGGGAACCCUGGCUGCUUUUAGCAGAGUUUCAACGCCUGGAGCAAUGGAGAGGGGAAAAGCUCUCCGAGUACAUAUUUAGGAUGGAGGGGAUGCUCUCGGGGCUGCGGCGCCGAGGGGUAGUGAAGGCGACUGACGUGGCUAGCGUGAGGAUGAGUCAGAUAUUCAGUGGCUCUCUGGAGGAGGACAAGGUGGCGUGGACUAUCCGGCAGGCUUAUAGGAAAGGUCCCCCUCCAUCCUUCGGGCAACUGAUUAGAGAGGUGCGAGAGGAAGAGAGAGCAUUGGGGCGGAAAAGGGGCACGGGCCUACGGGAGCGAUCCUCAGCGAUACAGGAAGUGGUGGCUGAGUGGAGGAAUGACAAACCCCUGGGGAGUAGGGAACCCCCUUUGGAGGGGAGGGACAGGGGAGGUACCUACUCUCAGGGGCGAUCAGUGCAGUGGAUUGGGAGCAGGAGCCGUCCUGGGAGAGGAGGGGCAGCCGGCAGUGUGUGCGUUAACUGUGGGAAAGAGGGGCAUUUCAGGCGGGACUGUGGAAGGCCAAGGGUGUGCUAUAGCUGUGGAGAGGAGGGUCACUUUAGGUGGGAUUGUGAGAGACAAGGAGUCCCGCGGAGGACAAGCCCCCCUGCGACUAAGAAGGGAGAGGUGUCGGGGAAACUUAGGAGAGGCUCAGUGAGGGAAUGGACUGGAGCCUCUGGAGGAACACGUUCCCAGAGAUCAGCCGGAAGACCACCGGGUGCCCACGCCUCUGUUCCGGAUGGGCUGGUAGGACCCCGUGCCAGUGUGGGUCUACGGAUAGAGGGAGUUUACGCAAAAGCCGUUCUUGAUACUGGAUCGCAGGUGACCUUAUUGUACCGGUCUUUCUACAAUCAACAUCUAAAGCAUUUGCCCGUAACACCAUUUGACGCCCUGCAGAUUUGGGGUGUGAGCGAGGGUGACUACCCGUACGAUGGGUACCUAUCGGUGAGAUUGGAGUUCUCGGAGGGCGAUGUGGGAGUGUCGGAAGCUAUUGAGACGUUGGUGUUGGUGUGUCCUGACCCGGUGGAAACCGGUGGUGCUGCCCUCCUGGUGGGGACUAACUCCCCAGUUGUGCGACGGCUCCUGGGAGCUUGUAAGGAGAAAGGGGGGGAAGACUUUCUGGAGACCCUCUCGGUGCAUCCAGUGUUUCGAGCAGUGUUCGAAGAAGGGGUUGCCUCCCAAGGGCUGGACCCGGAGUGUAAACGAGGGACGGUGUGGUGUACGCAGGCGAGGCCCAAGGUGAUCCAACCAGGGGAGGUAGCACUAGUGAUGGGGACCCCCAGAUUCCCAGGAGUGCCGACAGGAGAAGCCCUGUUAGUAGAUGCCCCAGACGAUCUUGAAGGGGAGACACGAUUUCCGGCGGGGGCGCUGGUGAGGCCCGAAGUGCAGAGACCAGGGGUGGUACAUGCGAGGCGUAUAGCUAUAAGUGUCAGGAACACCACGGCAAGAGAAAUCACCUUUAAGAGGGGAAUGCCGCUGGCACAUCUGUUCCCGGUGACGGUAAUGUCCAGCGCACCAGUGCGGACCCCUAACGGGGAGGGAUCGGAGCAUCGAAGGGAGCUGACCGCUGAAGCCUUUAACUUCGGGGAUUCCCCAGUGUCGCCGGAGUGGAAACGCAGGCUAGUGGAGAAGAUGCUGAAGAUGGAAGCUGUUUUUUCUCGGGGCGAGUUUGAUGUUGGCUGCUCCAAAAGCACUCGCCACACCAUCCGGGUGACGGAGGACACCCCGUUCCGAGAGAGAUCCCGGCGGCUGGCUCCGGCAGAUGUUGAGGACGUGCGACAGCACUUGUGCAAGUUGAAGGAGGCCGGAAUCAUAGCUGAGUCUCGAAGUCCUUAUGCGUCCCCAAUAGUGGUGGCACGGAAGAAGAAUGGGCGAGUGCGCAUGUGUGUUGACUACAGGACGUUGAAUCGGCGAACUGUCCCUGAUCAAUAUACUGUCCCAAGAGUCGAGGAUGCGUUGGCCUGCCUGAGCGGUGCAAAGUGGUUCAGUGUGCUGGAUUUAAGAAGUGGGUAUUACCAGAUCCCGAUGAGUGCGGCCGAUAAAGAGAAGACCGCUUUUAUCUGCCCACUGGGGUUCUUUCAGUUCGAACGAAUGCCCCAAGGCAUAUCCGGAGCCCCAGCCACCUUCCAGAGGCUCAUGGAGAGAACUGUGGGGGAUAUGAAUCUGUUGGAGGUGCUGGUGUACCUGGACGAUUUGAUAGUGUUUGGAUCGACUUUGGAGGAACAUGAGGAGAGACUGUUGAAGGUGUUGGGCCGGCUUAAUGAAGAAGGGUUGAAGCUUUCCCUGGACAAAUGCCAGUUCUGCAAGUCGUCGGUUAACUACAUUGGCCAUAUCAUUUCGCGAGAGGGAGUGGCUACUGAUCCAACCAAGAUAGAGGCUGUGACCACCUGGCCGAGACCCCAGAAAGUGGGUGCUCUGCGCUCAUUUUUGGGGUUCUGUGGGUAUUACCGGCGAUUUGUGAAAGGAUACGCAAAAGUGUGUCAUCCGUUAACUCAGCUGUUGUGUGGCUAUCCCCCGGUGGGGAAGAAGAGGACGGGGAACCAGAGGCAGGAUGCUGGAGGAUACUGGAACCCGGCGGAACCUUUUGGCUCAAGAUGGGAUGAUCGAUGUGAAGAGGCGUUCCGAUCUUUGAAAAGGGCACUGACCCAGGCCCCGGUGUUGGCUUUUGCCGAUCCCCAGAAGCCAUAUGUGCUGCACACGGAUGCCAGCCGAGAGGGUCUCGGGGCUGUUCUGUACCAGGAGCAUGGCAAAGCAUUGAGGCCGAUAGCCUUUGUCAGCCGAAGCUUGUCGCCAUCGGAGAGAAACUAUCCCACUCACAAGUUGGAGUUCCUGGCGCUGAAGUGGGCGGUGGUGGACAAGCUGGGCGAUUACCUGUACGGAGCCAAGUUUGAGGUGAGAACGGAUAACAAUCCUCUCACUUAUAUUUUGACUUCGGCGAAGCUGGAUGCCACAGGACAUCGGUGGCUGGCGGCAUUGUCGGUAUAUGAUUUCAGCCUGAGGUACCGCCCCGGAAGCAAGAAUAUCGAUGCGGAUGCAUUGUCUCGUCGGGAGCCGGGGGAGGAGGAGAAGGACGAGGAGUGGGAGAGUGUCCCUGCCCCUGGAGUGAAGGCGAUGUGUCAGUUUGUUAUCACCGUGAAGGCCGAGGGAAGAGGGAGGCUGGAACGAGCCGUGGACCAUUUGGGGGUUUUUGACGACGCCAUACCCCUAGUUUACUGUGACCUGACCGCUCUGGGGAAUAAACAGUUGCCGGAACUGAGUCCGGGGGAAGUGGCAACUGCUCAGCAAAAUGACCCGGGCAUUGGCACAGUGUGGAGAGCGGUCGAGAAGGGGGAUGGGGCGUUGGCUGAGAAGGCGAAACACCCAUACGUGCCUCUGUUGUUGAAGGAGUGGUCUCGGUUGAAGUUAAAGAACAAAAUCUUGUACCGGGUAACGGCGCCUCCGGACCAACCCCGCUGUUGGCAACUGGUCCUGCCAGAGGAGUAUCACCAGACUGUACUCCAGGCCUUACAUGAUGAUUCUGGACAUUUGGGGGUGGAAAAGACAUAUGGAUUACUCAAAGACCGGUUCUACUGGCCCCGGAUGAGGGGGGACGUCGAAGAAUACUGUAGGGGAUGCCGUCGUUGCAUCCAGAGGAAGACCCUGCCAGCGUUGGCGGCUCCACUGUCGCACUUGCAGAGUGCGGGACCUCUGGACCUGGUAUGUAUGGAUUUCCUGUCGAUUGAGCCUGACACCAGCAACACCGCGAAUGUAUUAGUCAUCACCGAUCAUUACACUCGCUAUGCUCAGGCAUUUCCCACCAAGGAUCAGAAGGCGACGACAGUGGCGAAGGUGCUAUGGGAGAAGUACUUUGUGCAUUACGGCCUUCCCAGGCGAAUCCAUAGUGAUCAGGGGCGGGACUUUGAGAGCCGCCUUAUCCAGGAAUUACUGACUAUGCUUGGGGUUGAGAAAUCCAGGACUACCCCUUACCACCCACAGGGAGAUCCUCAGCCAGAGAGAUUCAACAGGACCCUGUUGGAUAUGCUUGGGACGCUGGAGAUUGGGCAGAAAAGCAGGUGGAGUCGUCAUAUUGGACAAUUGGUUCACUGUUACAAUUGUACUCGCAAUGAGGCUACAGGGUAUUCACCCUAUUAUCUGAUGUUUGGGCGGGAAGCGAGGUUGCCCAUUGACGUGUGUUUUGGAGGUGGAGUGGGUGAAUUUCCCGGGAAGUCCCAUCUAAAGUACGUGUCCGACAUGAAGAGGGAGUUACAGCGGGCGUACGAGUUGGCCGAGGCGGCGGCUACCAAACAAAAUCGGCGGAAUAAGAUGCGGUAUGAUCGAAAGGUGAAGUUUGUACAAUUAUUACCGGGCGACCGGGUCCUUUUACGGAAUUUGGGACUCCCUGGUAAGCACAAGUUGGCAGAUCGAUGGGCGGCCAGCCCCUAUGUAAUAGAGAGCCAGAUGCCGAACCUGCCAGUUUACCGGGUGAAACCCGAGGAUGGAAAAGGGCCUAUCAAGGUACUCCAUAGGAAUCACCUGCUGCCACUGGGUCAAGCGGUGCAGGUGGAUAAGGAGCCCGAGUGGGAGGUUACGCCCAGUACAAGGAUUCUGCGAGGGAGCGGAGAACGGGAAGAGCCCGCUGCUGAAGAGCGGGGACGGGUCCCUCACUCGGGAAUGGCUACCGAUUCAGAGGAGGACGACUCAGAUGAGUGGGUCCUGUUCCCAUUCGCUAGUGCUCCAGUACCAGGAGAGGAGGCUCCUGGCCCUUCCCAUACUGAAUUGGGUGAGAGGAGGGAAGGUCUUGAGGGUCAGAUGGAGAGGCAGCCUACAUUGGUGGGAGAGAGGGUGGAAUCUGAGCGUGAGCCGGAGAGAUCUCGGGUGAGGGAGGACCCCUGUGAGGAAGGGGGUGCGGGUCUGUCAGGUAGACCUGGGGUGUCCGAGACAGUGGGUUCGCAGGUGACGAGGGAGCCCAGUGGGGCAGAAGGGGUAUGGAGAUCUCAGAGGAUUAGGCGCCCCCCGGAGCGGUUGACAUAUGUGGUACCGGGAGAACCGAGUGUGAUUUCUACUGCUCUGGGUAGUUAUGUCAUUGCCUUCUGCACCUGGGUUGGGUUUUGUGUGUUGCAAGAAGCUUUGGGGACCUCUAGUAAUGUCAUGAGGGCAUGACAUUUGCUGGUGGGGAGAGAAUGUACAAUGUCCUGGGUAUGUUACUCAAAAUGGCCUCUUUGGUUUGUUACAAGUAGGAAUGUUUCUUUGUCGGAUAAGUGUUUCUCUAGCCGUUGUUUCACUUUAGAAUGGCUGAUAUGGUAAUUGUAUUCAUUUGUUAAUCAAUGGGGAAUGUCAUUGUGUCUUGUGAUGCUGGGAACUUGGGGGAGGGGUUUUCGCGGGUUUUUUGGGGGAGGCCGAGGAAGACAUGGAAGAAGGUGGACGUGUGCUGGACUGCUCGUAAGACCACCGGGGUGGUCCCAGGUGCGACGGCCGGAUGGGUCGAUUGGUUCGUUGAUUGAGCUCCAACGAGUGCACUAAACAGACUGAACUUUGAUAAGUGGCGCCUUUUGUUUUUUUUCCUUGUGUAUAUAUAUUGUAUUGCUUACUACUCUUUUUAAUUUUAGUAAACUCUUUAAAGUGUAUUUCAUAACGGUAUUUGUUGUGGAUUUGAUACUGUUGGCGGGCUCGAGGCGUAAACUCGAUUCUCACAGCACCUGCGUGUACGGGAGGUGGGUUGGAGAGUGGCUGGAUCCCUUUUUUCCCCUAGACAUAUACCAGCCUGUGGGUAAGUGUUACACUUACAGCGUUGCUCUCACUGUGAUUUCUAACGCCUGCAAAACAACUUCUGCUCAGGUGUGCCUCGUGGUGAGCCCCCACCCUCGCGUUAAUUUCAAACCGGUAUUUUCCCACAAGACGCGGCGAAACCGGAUGUGACGUCAUCGCAUGCCGAUA